UGCUGUCCUCUGUGCUAUCCGCUAGGGUUUAUCUGCUCGAGGAAUGGCGUCGGUGCAGGUCUCCGGCGCGGGGGUCGGUGCCGCGGCCUUCUCUGUGAAGGGGAAGGCCUCCACCGGUGCGCUCCGGCUUCGCUCUACGUUGACCUUCGGCGAGGUCUGCCCGGCGCGGCGGGCGUUCCGCGGCCUCGUCGUCAGGGCCGCUACCGUCGUCGCCCCCAAGUAUACAACACUUAAGCCCUUGGCUGAUAGAGUGCUUGUAAAGAUUAACUCUUCCGAGGAGAAGACAACUGGUGGAAUCUUGCUCCCUACGACUGCUCAGUCCAGACCUCAAGGUGGCGAGGUAGUUGCUGUUGGAGAAGGAAGGAUAAUUGGGGAUAAGAAAGUUGAUGUCAGCAUUCAGGUUGGAGCUCAGGUUGUGUAUUCUAAGUACGCUGGAACCGAGGUCGCGUUGAACGAUCACAGCCAUCUGGUUCUCAAAGAGGAUGACGUUAUAGGUAUCUUAGAAACUGAUGACGUGAAAGACAUGAAGCCUCUGAACGACCGUGUUCUAAUCAAGGUUGCUGAAGCUGAAGACAAAACUCCAGGAGGCCUACUGCUUACGGAAACUGCCAAGGAGAAGCCAUCUAUCGGAACGGUCGUAGCGGUUGGCCCAGGCCCCCUGGACGAGGAUGGCGAGAGGCUCGCGCUGUCCGUCUCCGCGGGGAGCACUGUCCUGUACUCCAAGUACGCCGGCAGCGAGUUCAAGGGCGCCGACGGCACGAACUACAUCGUGCUGAGGGCGUCGGAUCUGAUGGCCGUUCUCUCCUGAACUGGGCUUGGGCUGGAGGACGAACGAGGUGCAGGUGCAGGAGCAGGCUUAGCAAUACCGUAGGAUUCCUCGCGGCUUUCCCGUCCCCUCCCCCCUCCUACUUGGUUGUCUUGUUUGACUGUCUUCUGAGGAACCGAACAACAGUAAUAAGCACACCGAUGCCGUUCAUAC